CUCCGCUGUGGCCAUGGUCGAGCGACUCUUGUGUACGACACAUGCCGUAACUCCCAGAUUUCCUGGUCAACACACAUAACUGAAUCUCAGUGUGUCUAUUUAUCAACGUCCUGUUCCAAGCCUCACUCUGCUAUACAACCGCCAAGUUGUAGUCACACCCCAUUUAACAGAGUCUCUCAGUCACCUGACUCGCUUGACUGAAAUCGAAAUGUAGCGAGCCCAGACUAGAUAUUUCUGGUUUCAGCUGGUUUGGUUCUCAGUAACCCAAGAAGCCUUCCACACGCAACAAUAAUCCCUUCAUCGCCAGAGCGGACGUGCGGACCGAGCUGACAGACAGGCCAUGACGUACUCUUCCGACAUUGACCGAGGAUGGGCGUGGCUAGUGGUUGCUUCCUCCUUCCUCACCCACACGUUGACGUAUGGUGUUGCGUGGUCAACAGGGGUCUACAACACCAUCUUCAUCGACGCCUUCGGUGACAGCAAGACUGUGACUGCGUGGGCGGGAUCGUUGACGACAGCCUCGAUGUAUGCCGCAGGUCCUCUUGCUAGCGUUCUCACCAACAAGUUCGGGUGUCGCCCGAUCGUGAUAGCGGGCGGGGCCCUAAGCGGAGCAGGCCUCAUGCUGAGCUACUUUGCUCCCAACAUCUACUGCCUCUACUUUUCGUUCGGAAUCAUGACUGGUAUGGGGUUUGGGAUCUCGUUCAUUCCCGCCAUCACGGCAGUGGCUCAGUGCUUCGAGAAAUACAGAGGCAUCGCUACUGGAAUAACAGUGUCCGGAGUUGGUGUAGGCACGUUCAUCUUUCCGCCAAUCAUUACGCUUCUAAGCCACGCGUUCGGCUGGCGGAGUUCUCUUCUUCUUCUGGGCGCCAUGUGCCUGAAUAUAUGUGUGUGUGGAGCUGUCUUGCGACCCGUGAAGCGUGUGGAGCUUAGACAAGAAAAAACGAAAGUGUUUGACGUCACGGCUUUCCGAAAAUCCGCGUAUCUGCUUUUAGUAUGUAACAACGUUCUCGUCUGCUUUGGACUCUCAAUCGUAUAUCUUCAUCUCAUGGCGUUUGCAGAGGUCAGUGGACGCACAGAAAGCCAGAGUUCAAUGCUGAUGUCAUCUAUUGGUGUCGCCAAUUUGAUUGGACGCUUUGCUCUUGGUUCGUUUGGUAACCAUCCGCGAGUGAAUGUGGUGAUGGUGUAUUCAGUGUGCUUCAUCCUCAGUGGGAUGACGUCAUGUUUCUAUCCGGUGCUAAGCAACAGUUACAUUGCCAUGGUGACACUGUCUUCGCUGUUUGGCUUCUUCACUGCCUGUUUUGGAGCCCUUCUUCCCGCGCUUCUGGUCCAGAUUCUUGGGAUCCACAGAUUUGCAAAUGGCUAUGGCUUUUUGAUGAUCUUCAUGGCCCUAGGACAGAUGAUUGGCGGGCCAUUUGCUGGGCUCCUCUACGAUAUAACCGGCUCCUACGAUACCUCAUUCUACGUGGGAGGAUCUGUCAUAAUACUAGGAGGGGUUCUCCCCCUUUUCAAAGCCUGCCGCAAGAUGGCGGGAGACGAAAUGUUAGAUGUGGAAGUUUCUGUGAUUGAAGAGGAGAAACAGCCACUUCCGGCAGCAUCAUGACUUGAUGUUGCUAGGCAACAGACUAAUUUGUACCCAUGACUUGAUGUUGCUAGGCAACAGAUUAAUUUUCACCCAUAUAUGGGUAUGUGAUCAGCAUAAUCAUGUGAUAUUUGAAUUAGAGAUGACAAAGAACUGAGAUGGGAUGCAUCCCGGCAAUACUGAUGUAACAUAUCAAGCGUGUUAGGAAGAGUGCGUCAAAGAAUUGUUUCUUCGGCAAAUUAUUCCCAAACGUAAGGGGGUAGGACUCUUUUUAAAGUUUUGUGUCCCCUCCAAGAUCACCAACAAGCACAACUGGGCCAUCUUCCCGAGGCAAGGGAGUUAACUGACUAGGACAGUCCAGUUUCCACCCUUGCCCAACUAGGCUGGAAUAAAGAGUUAUCUUUUGGCAGGACUAACGAGUCUAUGCAUUGUCCAAUCAAACCCGCGGAACGAAAUCGACAACCGUGCAAAACCGAUUUCGUUUGAUUGCAGGAUUUGCAAAGCAUGCAAAGCUUUGUUUGUUGUUAAAUGCCGCACUCAGCAAUAUUCCAGCUAUAUGACGGCGACGCAAAUGCACGUGAUAUGAGAGUUGGAAUCUGAUUGGUCAAUAGGAGGGAAAUAGAAGGGACAUAACUCGUAAUAGCCACUGGUGGCGCUACAAUCGAGCCCAGAAAUUCCAGUCCAGUUCGGCAAGGCUGGAAACUGGACCUCUACAGUCAGUUAAUUCCCCUGCCUAGGGAAGAUGCAACUGGGCACACGUUGAACCCUUAUACAAUAUCAAGUGUCAAUCAUAUAGUAUGGAUAAUACUGUAUGCUUCAUAUCACUGGGGAAAUUUGAAAUGAAAUUGUAUGACAGGUAAUGAAAAAAUAUCAAAUAUUAACUCUUUGUCUUGUCGUAAUGUAACUACACUCUCUCAAAAAAGAAACGCAACCCCUAUAUUUUCAAGAUGUAUAUCAGUACGGAUCUGGCUUUUAAGACAAUGCGUACACCGUGUGUCCGGUAUUUAUUUUAUUCCAAAACAAAUGAAUUUUCUAUAUCAUAUUUAGUGAUAACGGUAAAUAUGACAAAGACUUGUAUUUCAUAUAUUCUGAGAAAUAUGUCGACAGAACGGGAAAACGCUGAGAAAACAAUUCAACAUGAGCAUUUAUGCAAUUAGAGCGUCAAGAUGACACUGUGUGGAGUACGUCUUGUUUGCACUGGUACAGUGAACCAGUUGUUCACGUUGUAACAUUUGUAACACAGGGCGUACCUAUACAAUUGAUAUAUGGAAUUCGAGGUAGGCGAGGUGGUGAAGGCGGAAUCUGUACUAUGGCCUUAUUAUCACACUCCGCUUGUGUCGAACUCCAUAUAAGUGUGAUGACGGUUUUAUUGGUAUUCUUGAAGUUGGUGAGUGAAUAAGAAAGUUUAUGGGUAACAACUUCUGUUCAUUGAAUUUAGCUACACGCCAUAAACCAGAAGUUGUUAUCCCUACACGUGUGGUAGUUUCUCUGUUGUAAAUUGUCUCGGGUAACCACGCUUGUAUACAACUCUAUGCACUGUUUUUCAUUACAAACAAAAAUCGUUCUUAUACAAGUGUUUUUGUGCAACGUCUGUUUUGUUUGGUAUACGAUUUUAUAGAACCGUAUAAAUUGUACAGAAGAUUGCAUGUGAGGUUAUCGUCAUCGGAAGCAUCUGCCGUCAAAAUCAUCAUCAUCAUUAUCAUCAUCAUCAUCAUCAUCAUUGCUGCAUUGAUCUCUUCAUCCGAAUGAUAAUACUCAAUACCAUUAUCGUCGUCAAUACAUUCAUGGUCAUCAUCGGGUAACAGGUUGGCUCAGUUGUCUAAAGUGCUGCAAUUCUCUUUGCAUAAAUUGCGUCCCUUUGGCGUACCAGGAGCCUAGGAUCAUGGGUUCGAAUCCCUUAUUCGCUCGGAUUAUGUUUCUAGAUUCGUCAGCACCUUUUUCCUCGUGGGUUUCAUCAAGGUGGUAAACGUCUGAGACCUGCAUCACUUUGGGCUUUCCUCCCACGUGAAAAUGACGCGCCGUGAUGUAACACAAAUGUUGUUCAACGCGAACACUGUCAUCAUCAUCAUCAUCAUCAUAAUCGGUAUUUCCGACAUGGGCAUAAUCUUGUCCAUGUCGCCGCGUAGUUAUACACCAAAAUGAAAUACAUGUGUGUAACACCUCUUUAAUCCGGACCCCGUUAAAACGGAUAUCACGCCACCGGUGCAGUUAUUUGAUUGCAUGAUUGUGGGUUCGAAUCCGAGUUUCGCCCUCAUCAUUGGUGUGGCUGCACCAUACCAGUGCUCGUGGGUUUCACCGAAGUGGUAAACGUCUUAGACCUGUGUCACUUCGCUCUCACCCAACUGUCACACUUACCGUUAUAUACGUCGGGGAGAAAGCGGAAAGGGCACAGAAAUCCCUUCCAAAAUUCAUUAAACUGGACGAUUUCACUACGGUAACGUUCGGAAAAACCUGUGGCAACAGCGGAUCAUGGAACGGCUAAGGGACGUAAUUCUGUAUAGCGAGAUACGAGGCCCCAGACCCACAAAGUCGGCGCAGGUAUAAGUUUAUUUGCUCUUGGUAUCAUUUUCUCAUAUGGUAAUAAAAACUGUCUGUACAUAUACGUAACAUUUCACAUACAUUUUUACUGCUAAAAGCAGUUCAUUCUGUGAUAAAGCUACGUCAACAUUAUAAACAACAUUCAUAUUUCUGAUAUUUUUAUACGAACUUGGCAAAAUGGCAAUGUUAUCAAUGUAUCAACGAUAAUAAUAAACUAUCAUGUUUCA